GCAGAGCGCCCACUCACUCGUUCUUCACCCUCCUCUUCCUCUGUUAAAGGGACAGUUUCUUGUUUUUUUUAUCUCUCUCUCAGGAUGUCUGAAGGUGAAUCAGCAGGAAGCAAACUGCUGUCCGUGGACUUUGAGAUCUACGGUCAUGUUCAGGGAGUCUGUUUCAGAAUGUACACAGAGAAGGAAGGUCUGCAGCUCGGUCUGGUCGGCUGGGUGAAGAACACCCACAGUGGGACGGUGGUGGGACAGGUUCAGGGUCCUGCUGACAAGGUGGCGGAGAUGAAGGUUUGGCUGAGUAAAGAAGGAAGUCCGAGCAGUCGUAUCACCAGAGCUUCCUUCACCAACGAGAGAUCCAUCGACAAGCUGGAGCUCUCUGGCUUCGGGACUCGCUUCUGACCAACGAAUCAAACACACCCUGAAGAGAUUCUUAAUGGAUUCUUCAUAGAGCUGUUUAAUGUCUAACUUUGAUGAUUUAACAUAAUAUUUAAGCUGGAUGAAUGAAGACAUAUUGGAGUUUCUUUGUUCGUAGAGAAACUCAGGUUUGAGUCCAGUCACUCUGCUUAAUAUAAGAGUGAAUUUAACCUGCUGUUCUGUCAG